CUGGUACAAAGCAGAAAAGUUUGUUGAGCCCAUUGGAGAAUGCUUUAGCUUUCUCAGCAGCCUGCCCCUAAGCCCUAAGCCCAGUAAAAACAUGCAUACAGCUGCAAUUCCCAGGCCUAUUGCCUUUUUGCCUCAGGACAAAACAUGCUCCGGGAGCCCAACAGCAUUUCGAGAGGCAGGGAAGGUGCAGCCUCAUAGCACAAGUAGCAUGAAGAGGUAUGAGCAGAAUUUGCCAAAACCUGAAAACCGCCCCUGAAGAAUCAAGCAGAAAUAGAGUAGUUAAAAGGCACUGUGGUUCCUGGAUGACAAGCGUGCCCUAAGAAAAAUGCCAUGAUGAGGAUGAUGAUGAUGAUGUUGAUGAAACUCCAUUAUAGAACAGCAAUGUGAGAUCAUCAGCUCAUGCAAUGAAAACCAUGGCUCUUGUGACCAAAGACAGAAUCCAGGCAAAGGCCCCAUUUGCAGAAGCUGCAGAAGGAAGAAACAAGCCAGAAAACACCAGAUAACUUCAGCAGGAUGAGCCCCAGUGUUCUGGGCAGCAAUUCUCUUCCAUAUCCAUGGGGAGCCUGUGGACUUCUGGCAAGCGCUACUGGCAUCUUGCAUGACUAGAGAGAAUCUUGCUUAGCCUGAGCAUCAUGUCUACAGCAAGCAUUGCUGCUCCAGAAAUGAGGCUGCCCUUGAAAACGAACUUUAUGAACAACCGGCUGGGCCUCAGCAGCCUGAAAGCCUGCUGGAGCAGCCGCAACAGUGGCUUUGAAAAUUCUUUCUUCAGCAUGGAUCCUGUCGCAGUGGCCUACAGUCUGAAUUCAUCUGCGCAGCAUCACUUAACGUCCAUGGACCAUGAUUCCCACCCUGGCCCAGUCCAGUGCCACAGCCAGGCAGAAGACAGCAGCUGUAUUUCACCUCAUACAGCCAGCCCUCCUCUGCUGAGCCACUCAACUGAGAGGCCUGCUUCAGACCCAGAGUAUCACAUCUUUUCUGACUUCAGCAGGCUCUCUGUGAACCGGGAUGGUACUCCUGAUGGGGCACUACCUCACACCUCUGUGAAAAAUGGGCCACCACUGCAUCUUUUCCCUCCUGUGUCCUCAAGUGAGCGAAGUGCCCGACCACUGCCCCCAUUGCCCAUUACUGAGAACUUUCUGGUUGAUGAGGUGGACAGGGAAGUUGAGUUCUUGACCAGUUCAGACACAGACUUUUUGUUAGAGAACUGCAGUGGCCCAACCUUCAGGACCACUGCCCAGGGCAGGCGAAGCUUCAGGGGCUGCGGGCAGGUCAACUACGCCUACGUCAAUGCUCCAGCAGGGCAGACAUCUGAAGAGCCCUGUUGCACCUCGGCAAAGCAGAGUGGGAGCGCUGCUGGUGUUUGCCCACCGCCGCCACCGCCUCCACAGCAGCUUCACCGCCGCUUGCGACGCUCACACUCAGGGCCUGCUGGUUCUUUCCACAAACCCACAGGGAGGAUCUCCGGCCACUUCCAUGGGGUCCCCCCGAGCUCUGAUGACAAACCUGAGGUCCCACCCAGGGUCCCCAUCCCUCCCCGAGUGCUCAAACCAGACCAUCGGAGGUGGUCUGCUGAAGUAGCUUCUAAUGCCUACAGUGAUGAGGACAAGCCCCCCAAAGUGCCUCCAAGGGAGCCUUUAUCCCAGAGCCAUUCUCGGACACCGAGCCCCAAAAGCUUGCCCUCAUACCUCAAUGGGGUGAUGCCUCCCACCCAGAGUUUUGCCCCUGAUCCCAAGUACGUCAGCAGCAAAGCCCUCCAGAGGCAGCAUAGUGAAGGUUCAGCUAACAAGGCCCCGUGCAUCCUUCCCAUUAUUGAAAAUGGCAAGAAAGUCAGCUCCACACACUACUACCUUCUGCCGGAAAGGCCUCCCUACCUAGACAGGUAUGAGAAGUUCUUCCAGGAAGUAGACGAGACUGGCCUCAGUGUGGAAGAGAGGCAGCAACUGUGGGACAAGAAAGAUGGUGUGAUAGCCAAGACCAGAAUGGCUGGCCCCAUGAAGCCCAAACAUUUCCCUUGCAUGGUUUCUCCAUAGGUAUGGGAAGUGGGCCAGUUAAGUAGGGGGAAGCUUUGAGUGAUCUGGCAAUGAGCCAUUCUCCAAGGACAAUAUGCAGCAGAGCUGCUUCUGAACUUGAGAAGGGAGCGAAUGUGGCAAUGGCCACCUCACCUGUCCAGCCUGCUGCUUUCUUCUUGUUCUCAAUGAUACAAGAAGAAGACUUAGAAUUAUAGAAUCAUAGAAUAGGAGAGUUGGAAGGGUCUAUAAGGCCAUCGAGUCGUCCCCUUGCUCAAUGCAGGACUCCAGUUAAAGCAUCCCUGGUAGAUGGCUGUCCUCUUGACUGCCUCUUGAUUGCCUCCAGGGUGGGACAGCCGGUGACCUCCCUGAGUCAGUGGUUCCAUUUCUAUAUUGUGCCAACAGUGAGGAAGCUCUUCCUGAUGUUCAGCUGGAAUCUGGCUUCCUGUAACUUAAGCCUGUUAUUCUGUGCCCUGCACCCUGAGGUGCCUGUGAAGAGAUCUUGGGCUUUGAAAAGUGCUCUCAUAUCUUCCCUCAGUCUUCUCAAGGCUAAACAUGUCUUGGAGACAGACUGGCGUAUAUGUAACUACAGUUGGCCAGUUAUUCCACAUUAUGGAGAAACUAAUUUCUAAGCUUACCUAAGUAGGAAAAGUGGCAGUCUUGUGAAUUAAUCAAGUGGCUGAAGCAGUUAGCAGAGGUGAAAACCCACUUCUCCUACUGUGGUUGAUCUCACUGGAUCACUUUCUAGAUGGUGGCAGGUGACAAUUUAAAUUCUUUUCCUGCCAAUGUUUCUCUUCUCUGCAAAGAGAAUGGGCUUUCCUUCAAAACCAGGAACUGCUCUCAUGGGGGUGCGGGUAAGAGAUAUAACAAGCGUGCCCACAUUCUGAAACUUUGCAAAUACAUCCAAUAAGUCAAGUGUUCACAGUUUGGCAGGGGAGAGAUGAGAGCUGAUUUGCCUACCAUGCUUGACUCCCCCCUGCCCCCACUAACAGAGUCAAAAAUGCUUAGCAAAAUUCCACUGGUUUUCCUCUGGCUGGGACCAACAAAUGGCAGUCUCUCUUGGCCUGCAGUUGUCUGCCAUCCUCUUUGUGAACCUGCAAAAGGUGUCACAUUGAUCUUUCAGAAUCCACACCGUGUCUUUGCAGUUGGGUAGCAGCUAUGAGUUUCUGUUGCUACAUGGGGAAGGGGCAAUUUCAUAUCAGAGGCAAUAAACAUUUUAAAAAUUAGAAAAAAACCCUGUCCUCCCUGCAGAAGUGCUUAGACAUUGCAAUGUGGCACGAGCUGGUCUUGUGCCCACUUCUAGUUCAGAGUUCUGUGGGGAGGGGAGGCAGCCAAGUGGCCCGUUCCGAUUCCUUGCUUCCUUGCCAGGCCCUCUCGUCCACCUUUCGAAACUCUGCUGCGAUAGCCUCACCUUGACCCCUUUGGGGUACAGCAGAAGGUGCUGUGCUUGUUGCUCCUGCUUCUCCCCCCCCCCCCCCACCAUCAGUUCCUUAGUGAUUGUAGGCCCAAAGCAAAGGCAGUCUCUGAUGAAGGCCUGCCUGGGCUUUGGUCUUCCCUUGGUCAUAAAUACAACUGUUUACAGUUACAAAUAUCUGCUGAAUGAGAGUUUUUUUCCUGAAACUUCUAGGAAGGUGACCUGGUUCUAACACAAACUAAAUGAAGGCAGUCUACAUGUCUAGAAACAAUGCACUGAGAGUCAUGCAUCAGGUGUACAGUAUUGAGGAAAAAUUAAGAUGUUCACUUUGUAUUUUGGAUAUUGCCAUGUUCUGAAUGUAAUAAAGUUAUAAUGUCCUUAUUUAUGAUAA